CAGUCAGACCGUGCCAGCUGCUCAGUGGUCAUUUUGCUGCGCUGGAGAUGAAGUAGGAGUUCCGAUGCAUAAAAUCCGAGUGCUCUCCCUUCUCACAUCUAGCGUCAAGUCCCACAUCCCCUACCUUGCUAUGAGUGCAGCUGUAACUGUAGCAACCGGUGUCGGGUGGGGAUGUGAGAGGAGCCCAGAAGAGAGAGGAGGUCGGAGCAACAGGGGGUGAGGCAAGCUGAUCGGAGUCUAGUCUGCACUGAUUGUUGGAGACGCAGGGAAAGUUCUUUCUGUGUCUCCAGUCUCUCUCUCUCUCUCUCUCUCUCUCUCUCUCUCUCUCUCAAGAAACCAAAGUCUAGACUGGACAGCAUCCACAAGAGAAACACCUUGAAGGAGAGGGUUUUCCAGCAGCUUGCUCAGGACCCUCGGGAGCCGCAGCUGGGACUCACCCCUCUGUUAGCCAUGAACUCUUCAUGCUGCCUGUUCUCUGCGUAUCCGAUGCUGCCCAACCUCUCAGAGCACCCUGCAGCCCCUUCUGCCAGCAACCGGAGCGGCAGCGGGUUCUGCGAGCAGGUCUUCAUCAAGCCCGAGGUCUUCCUGGCGCUGGGCAUCGUCAGCCUGAUGGAAAACAUCCUGGUGAUCCUGGCUGUGGUCAGGAAUGGCAACCUGCACUCCCCCAUGUACUUCUUCCUCUGUAGCCUGGCUGCAGCUGACAUGCUGGUGAGUGUGUCCAACUCCCUGGAGACCAUCAUGAUCGCCAUUAUCAACAGCGACUCCCUGACCUUGGAGGACCAGUUCAUCCAGCACAUGGACAACAUCUUCGACUCUAUGAUCUGCAUCUCCCUGGUGGCCUCCAUCUGCAACCUCCUGGCCAUCGCUGUGGACAGGUAUGUUACCAUCUUCUAUGCCCUUCGCUACCACAGCAUCAUGACAGUAAGGAAGGCCCUCACCUUGAUCGUGGCCAUCUGGGUCUGCUGUGGCAUCUGUGGUGUGAUGUUCAUCAUCUACUCCGAGAGCAAGAUGGUCAUCGUGUGCCUCAUCACUAUGUUCUUCGCCAUGGUGCUCCUCAUGGGCACCCUGUACAUCCACAUGUUCCUCUUCGCCAGGCUACAUGUCCAGCGCAUCGCUGCGUUGCCACCGGCUCAUGGGGUGGCCCCACAGCAGCACUCGUGCAUGAAGGGGGCUGUCACCAUCACCAUCCUGCUGGGGGUAUUCAUCUUCUGCUGGGCACCUUUCUUCCUCCACCUGGUCCUCAUCAUCACCUGCCCGACCAACCCUUACUGCAUCUGCUACACGGCACAUUUCAACACCUACCUGGUCCUCAUCAUGUGCAACUCCGUCAUUGACCCCCUCAUCUAUGCCUUCCGAAGCCUGGAGCUGCGCAACACAUUCAAGGAGAUUCUCUGUGGCUGCAACGGCAUGAACUUGGGCUAGGGUACCGGUGGUGGUGCUCCAUAGCUAGCCAAAGGGCUUAGAGACAAACUCUCAGAAGAGACAUACAGAAUGUUAACAACCGUGACUGUGCUUGGCUUCAUCUUUAAGCUGGUGGCCCUUUGCAAGGG